CUGGAUCAGACUCGCGUUUUUUAAUCCAUCCCUCACUUCUGUCAGCUCUUCUUGUGAAUAGAGAGCGGUUUUUCUCGACGAAUUGAAAAUCCGAUCGUUGACAAUGGAGCCGACUCCCGCCCAGGAACAUGUGCCGAAUCUAGACGCCAAUGCGCCGACGCAGAAUGACCGCGAUUCGGCUGCUGACCAGGGGCCACCCUCCAAGAGGGCCAGACUCGAUGAUGCUGCGGGCGCAAAUGCGCAGACUACUGAUCCGCGCCUGAAGGGCGUCGCUCCCAUCAAGCCUGAGUUCCUCCUCUACCAACCCUCGAAUGCCCAACCCGCCCCAAGAGAGAAUCUGGAUGAUGCCGCUGAGGCUGCGCAUCACGAUGGCCGCGCCGAUGAUCAGAAAGGCAAGUUCAACAACAAGAAAAAGAAGACCGGGCAAAAUAAGAACCGCACGUUUGGACGAUCCGAGGAUGCGAAGGGACUGUGCUCGAGCGUCAACUUCAGGCCCGAGUUCUCCCCCGGCACGUGCGACUUUGCUGAGAAGUGUCGGUUCGAGCACGACCUGCGGACCUACUUGAAGGAACACAAGCGAGAGGAUCUCAAGACUUUCGAUGGAGUGUGCCCCGUCUGGGAUGCAAACGGCAAAUGUUUUGCGGGCUGGAAAUGUCGAUUCGUCGGCUCACACAUGGAGGAGCGGGAGACGGAGGAUGGGAGGAAGGAGUUGGUUCUGCUUGAGGAUGAAGAGCGCAAGAAGAAGGUCCAGCGACUCGUUCCCUUCGCUACGGAGGAAGGUUGCGUGAACGUUGCCUCCCAGGAAGACAAGUAUGCCUUGGCGCGGAGGAAGAAGGACUUCGUCAGAGCUGGCCCGUAUAGUGCAUGGCUGGAGGAUACAUCUCGGAUCAUGGAGAAGGAUCUCCACAAGCGGAACCGGGGUGGAAAUGAAGGUGCUGAGAACAAAGAUGGCGAGAGCAAGGAGGACAAGGAAGAUAACCGGGCUAGCUAUGUCGAACCGCCGUUCAUGGCGUCGGAGAAGCGACGCCUGUACUUUGGGCCUGAGACGCCCGCGCUGGCGCCUCUCACAACACAAGGAAACAUGCCCUUCCGGAGACUCUGCGUGGAGCUCGGCGCACAGUUCACCUACUCGGAGAUGGCCAUGAGUAUGCCGUUGAUCCAAGGAAACAAGUCCGAGUGGGCCUUGAUGAGGGCGCACGAGUCGGAAAUGCUUCCUCCCUCGCUCAUGCCGGGAGCGAACGUUGUGCAGGGCUACGAUAACUCUAAGGACUUCAAGUUUGGCGCUCAGAUCGCGGCAAACAAGCCCUGGCAGGCGUUCAAGGCCACCGAGGCAUUGGCGUCAAUGACUCCGAACUUGCGCGUGAUCGACCUGAACUGUGGUUGCCCGAUUGAUCUCGUCUAUCGGGAAGGCGCUGGCUCUGCCCUCCUUGAUCACCCGUCCAAGCUUGAGAAAAUCAUUCGCGGCAUGAACACGGUCUCCGAGCUUAUCCCUAUUACUGUCAAGAUCCGUAUGGGAACCAGGGACAACAACCCGAAUGCUUUCAAGCUGACCGAACGUUUGCUCCUUGGCGGCUAUGAAACCAGUCUGGUUCAUCAUGAUGGUGCCGCUGGUGCCGCCGCUAUCACCCUCCACGGCCGCAGUAGACAGCAGCGGUACACCAAGUCAGCGAACUGGGAGUAUAUCUCCGAGUGUGCUGCUCUCAUCAAGCGACUGACUGAGAAGACCGAUGAGGUGACUGAUACGAUCCGGGAGCCGGACGCUCGGACGCAGCCCAAUGGCGGAAAGGUGUACUUCCUUGGAAACGGCGAUUGCUACUCUCACGUCGACUAUGAUGAGCAUAUCAACAACUCCGGGGUUGAUACUGUUAUGCUGGGACGAGGAGCUCUGAUCAAGCCUUGGCUCUUCGAGGAGAUCCAGGCCGGACAGUACCUGGACAAGUCUGCCACGGAGCGCUUGGCGCUGGUUGAGAAGUUCACCAAGUAUGGCUUGGAGACAUGGGGAUCGGACGAACACGGUAUCGGUACGACCAGACGUUUCGUGAUGGAAUGGCUGAGUUUCGCUCGACGCUACGUUCCCCUUGGUCUGCUCGAGUAUCUUCCACCACACAUCAACGACAGACCUCCGGCUUUCCGAGGUCGGAAUGAGCUCGAGACAUUGCUGGCCAGUGACAACUACAGAGAUUGGCUCAAGAUCACGGAGAUGUUCCUCGGACCGGCCCACAAGGACUUCAAGUUCGAGCCGAAACACAAGUCGAACUCUUAUGACGAGGCGGAGGGUUAAAUGUGGACAGUGUAGAUCGAGUAUAAUGCAUAGACAUGAUGUACAAACGAC